AUGUCGUCACUUAGAAAUUUCAGAUUAGAUGAUUUGAUGAUGGAAAUCAGAAGAAGACAAAUCUGCGAGUCUAAACCAGCCCUUAACAUUAUCUUGAUUGGACCCCCAGGCUCUGGAAAAGGUACCCAAGCCCCAAUUAUCAAGGAUGACUUGUGUCUUUGCCACUUAGCCACCGGAGAUAUGCUUAGAGACGCAGUUACUGCUGGUACAGAGCUCGGAAAGCAGGCAAAAGCCAUUAUGGAUAGAGGUGAUCUUGUUUCAGAUGAGAUCGUUAUUGGUUUAAUUGAUGAUGCUAUGAAGCAACCAGAAUGUGAGAGAGGCAUUCUCUUAGACGGUUUCCCAAGAACCUCAGUCUAAGCUUAGAAGCUAGAUGAGAUGCUCAACUCUAAGUAAAAAAGUAUUGACAGAGUCCUUGAAUUCAAAGUUAAUGAUGAUAUUCUUAUUGAGAGAAUUGAGGGUAGAAGAAUUCACCCUGCAAGUGGCAGAUCAUAUCACACUAAGUUCAACCCACCCAAGGUUGAUGGAAUUGAUGAUAUCACUGGAGAAUCAUUGAUCCAAAGAAAGGAUGACAAUGCUGAGGUCCUCAUAAAGAGAAUGGGAGCUUACCACGGUUUAACUGCUCCAAUCCUAGAUUAUUAUAGACAAAAGAACAUUCUCAAGACCAUUGAUGCUAUGGCUGAAAUAAGCCAGGUUGGACAGCAAAUUCACGAAAGCAUAUACAACAAAAUCAUUUGA